UUUUACGAUCGUAAAUUCGCCGAUUAUUUUUUUGUAAAUAAUGAAUUUCUCGCCGUAUGUGACGGGAUCACAAUCGUAAAAAAAAAAUGCUGACAGCGUGGUUUGUUUGUUUUGGAUUUUCCAUGAUUUGAUUAGUUGUGAGUUUAUUGCAAACGACGGGAUAUUUUAAUAACAGUGUCGAGUACGUGAUUUUAACUUUUUAUUCUUUCAGCGCCUAGUUUUUCCCAUGCUCUGCUGUAUGCAGUGCUCAGUUUGUAAAUCAGAAGUUGCCUGAACGCGGAUGGGUGGGUGCAAGUUUCAUAAUGCGUGCAAAACACGGGGCGGAAAACGUGCUAUGUUUUUUUAAGAAUAAACCUUUAAAAAAGCACGUAAAAUUGCGUGAGAAUUGGACUGUAAAUGUGCUAUUACUUUUGUUAUUUUAGCAAGUGAGCAACCGGAAAAUAGUAGCCGGUGUUUUCGUUGCGAUCCUGUUAACUGGUGACAAGCGUAUUCCGAGUUAUCCUUGCACAUCCGUCAGGUUACUUAACAUUUACCUGCAAGUAUAUAUUUUUUCAUGAGGGAUGCAAUUUCGUAGUUUUAGCCGGCUACAUCACCUUUACAUCUACAUGCAUGUUUGUCAUAUUUUACAAACGUGCGUGAGAAGUCAUUUUCUUCAUUAGCGUACAUCUUUUAUUUUAUUUAUUUUGCUGCGUGAACGUGCUUGUCAACAGGAUCACCAUUUAAACCAUGACACCGGUCUUACGGUUUAAGUGGUGAUACUGUAACUGACACGCCAAUGUUUACUUAUCCUUGCAGAUGUGUGGUCAUGGUAGAUUCGUCAAUUUUGGAAAAGCGAAAAAAAUGUAAAUAUUCAGAAUUGUCCAUGCACAUACUUCAGGUUACUUGAAAAAUAUACUUACAGAGCGAUCUUUUUCAUUGGCUCUCCAAAACUGACGAGUCUGCUUCGCCUUCUGCAAAAAUAAGUGAAUGCAUGUUGGGUGGAUGCGCUUGUCACCAGUUAACAGGAUCACCAUAACACUGGCACGCAGACAGUCAAAAACAGAGGUCCGGGAAUGUUUUCCGCCAGGAUCUGGCACAAAUUAAACACUGGACGUAUGUUCUGUAAAUCUGCAAUAUAGAAAUUUGCAGUACUCCACUAUGGUUAAACGGAUAUUGGUAAUGUUAUUCAGCUGUGUUUGUGUUACUAAAUGUAACUGAUCCUGGGAAUGUGUGACACAGAACUGCCACCACAAGCUUCAUGCAACUCAUAGCUGAGAGUAUUUCACCAGCAUGCUAGGGUGGUCUUUUGUCCAAAUUGAUAAAGGGAAAGCGUCUGUAAAUCCCACCCCAAAGUACUGAAGUACCAAAAAAAUACCCCAACUGGUUUGUUUCUUUAGAUACUGGUUCUUUAAGUACUGAUACUCGACUGGAAGUCAAUGGAAAAGGGAAAGUACCAAACGUACGGUACCUGCCGUGGUGGACAAGCACCCUUGGUAGUUCUGUUGCUAUGAUGGGCGUGGCCGUGCAUGCCGCUGCUGUUAUUGACGAAAGAUGGAUGACAAGCUGUGCCUCUGCGAAUGGAAAGGGCAGCUGUGGCCGGCAAAGAUUCUAAGAUGUGCUGCCCAGAAAUCCAGGGGAAAGAAUGAAAUUGAGAUUGAAAUUCUGGGUGAAAAUGAAAGGUUGUGGGUCCAGCGGAGUAAAACGGUGCCCCUGACAGAGCGGAGGAUUGAGACGAUCGCUCAGCAGCUGGGACGCCGUGCUGCCAGAGAUCCGACGGAUGAGCUGAAGUACCGCAAGGCUCUGCGCUUGGCCCUGAACAUUUUUGCCAAACGCGAUGGUCAUUGUUCUCCUGAGAAGGAGCCACUCCAGCUGUCUUCGUCGCUUUGUGCCGUUUCUGCUCAGCCGCCAGAGUGGGAGGGUCCAAUUGGUGCUGGCCAGCCGGUGGCUUGCUCUUCGCCCUUGCAACCCGCGCCUGUCCCAGCAAAGGCCACAGGGAAACGCAGCAGGAGUGGCUGGUUGGACCCGCGUUGUUUACAGCUGCAAUCUGAUCAUGAAACCGAACUGGCGCCACCAUCGGAUCCCCAGCCGCUACCAGAAAAAAGGCCAAGAUGUGAGGGGAUUUUCAGAGAGUCCUGCACAGCCUCCGGGAGCAUGUCUGCUGAAAAUGGCCACGUGGCUCGUUGUGGCCCUGCAGUGCGAGCUGGCAGAGGGAGGCGGACGAGGGAGCAGAGCAGGAUGAGUGUGGGAGGCAGGGACAGCGAGCGGGACAGAAGGCAACAUGGCGAUGGUGAGGACGUGACACGGACUGCUGUUAUGGCGUCGCUGAAGGGCCAGGCUGGGGUCAGAGGCGGGGUGAUUGUACCCAAAACACACGCUAGAAGGUACAGGACCUCUGGGAGAAGAGGAACCAUGCCCAGGGACCUGUACCUGGCUCCGGCCCGGGGCAUACUGGGAAACGAGCUUCUGGAUAAGGCUCCCCGACCUGUCCUCGGUUCUCAGGAGACCGUAUCCGAGUGUCUGGGUCCCCAUCCACCCAUUCUGGCUGCCCCUACUCUCCAAGCAGGGUCUGCCUCUGGCUUGCCUGAGCUGGACACUCAGUGGAGAGCAGGGACCCGGGGAUGUCGGCGCACCAGAUCAGCCGGUGAGGAGCGACAGUGCCUCGGGCUUUGCUCCAAAGUGGUGGUGGGCGGAGACAAAGCCAGGCCUGAGGGUACGCCGCGAAAGGCAGCUGCAAAGAUGGCGGCUGGAGACAAAGCCAGGCCUGGGGGUACGCCGCGAAAGGCAGCUGCAAAGAUGGCGGCUGGAGACAAAGCCAGGCCUGGGGGUACGCCGCGAAAGGCAGCUGCAAAGAUGGCGGCUGGAGACAAAGCCAGGCCUGGGGGUACGCCGCGAAAGGCAGCUGCAAAGAUGGCGGCUGGAGACAAAGCCAGGCCUGGGGGUACGCCGCAAAAGGCAGCUGAGAAGGUGGCAGGUGGAGUCAACAACAGGCCUAGGGGCAGGCCACAAAAGGCAGUGGCUGGAGACAAAGCUAGGCCUGGCGGCAGGCCACGAAAGGCAGCUGCAGGGAUGGCGGCUGGAGACAAAGCCCGGCUCAAGGGCAGGCCGCGAAAGGCAGUGGCGGUGGCAGCAGUUGGAGACAAAGCUAGGUCCAGGGGCAGGCCGCGAAAGGCAGCUGAGGAGCUGGCGGCUGGAGAUAAAGCCAGGCCCGGGGGCAGGCCGCAAAAGGCAGCUGCGGAGCUGGCGGCUGGAGACAAAGCCAGGCCUAGGGGCAGGCCGCAAAAGGCAGCUGAGGAGCUGGCGGCUGGAGACAAAGCCAGGCCUGGGGGCAGGCCGCAAAAGGCAGCUGAGGAGCUGGCGGCUGGAGACAAAGCCAGGCCUGGGGGCAGGCCGCAAAAGGCAGCUGAGGAGCUGGCGGCUGGAGACAAAGCCAGGCCCGGGGGCAGGCCGCAAAAGGCAGCUGAGGAGCUGGCGGCUGGAGACAAAGCCAGGCCUAGGGGCAGGCCGCAAAAGGCAGCUGAGGAGCUGGCGGCUGGAGAAAAAGCCAGGCCUGGGGGCAGGCCGCAAAAGGCAGCUGAGGAGCUGGCGGCUGGAGACAAAGCCAGGCCCGGGGGCAGGCCGCAAAAGGCAGCUGAGGAGCUGGCGGCUGGAGAAAAAGCCAGGCCUGGGGGCAGGCCGCAAAAGGCAGCUGAGGAGCUGGCGGCUGGAGACAAAGCCAGGCCUGGGGGCAGGCCGCGAAAGGCAGCUGUGGAGGUGGCAGCCAUGAACCCAGGAGGAGAAGAGACGGCUUUGCCCAGUCUGGACACUCUUCCAACGAUAAGGAGGGUACAGCUGGACAGUGGCUCUGCAGAGCCUCUAGAGGGCGCUGUGGGCUCUCCAACACCCUCACACAGCGAGGGGCUUGCAGGUGAGACCUCGUGGAUCUCUGACCUGUCUAUUGAGCUGAGUCUGCAGGAGGAUCCCAGCCCCCUGAAAUCCUCCCUGUUACAGGAUGAAGGGGACGAGCAGGAGGAUGAGGAGCUGCCCAGCUUUCUGCUGCAGACAGAUAAAAAAUCGAGUGCCAUCAAAGAGGGAAACUGUGUCUGGUGCAAAUACAGAUCUUAUCCCUACUGGCCAGCUGUAGUAAGUGCCGCAUGUCUGUCUGUCUGUCUGUCUGUCUGUCUGUCUGUCUGUCUGUCCUACAGACGUCCAUCCUCUAGCCGCUUAUCCCAGUCAGGAGACGUGCCGCAUGUCUGUCUGUCUUACAGCUGUCCAUGUGUGAAAGCUGUCAACCGCAAGAAGAAAAAAGCCAGCAUAAUCUUCAUCGACCCACUACUGUUUGAGACCCAGAGGGGCUUAAGUGUAGGCAUGAGAAGUAUUAAGCCUUUUGACUGUGAACUAAAAGAUCAGUUGGAGGCUGAAGCCAAAGCGGAAUACAGAGCCGUUAUCAGCUGGUGUCUGGAGCUGAUUCAGGACUAUCGCUUUCGCAUAGCUUGUGGCUCAUUUUCAGGUUCUUUUAUGGAGUACUUUGCAGAUGACAUCAGCUGCCCCGUUAGGAGGAUGUACGCACAGGGGGCCUCUGACGUGGCCUUCCCGAGCAAGCAGAUCAUGGAAGAGCAAGGCGAUCUGCUGGACAACGGGAGUGAGGACGGCACCAUGGAUCUCCAAAGCGAUCACCUUUUCAAGAAACUCCUGCCUGACCGCUCCAAGGCAGCACGCAACCUAGCCAAUGAGAAGCUGGUGCAGUUCAUUGUGGAGAAGCGUGCUGUGGAGAAACACCUUCAGGCCAUCAUCAGUGGUCAGGCAACAUCAAAGUGGCUGAUGGCCUUGCUGAAAACAAGCAGAACCGUGGACCUAUACAAGACCUACUUGGAGGAUGAGGACCAGGUUGACCAGGUCUACAGAUACCUGCAAGAUGUGUACAAAAAUGCGUCCCAGACUGCCCCCUGUCUUGCGAAGGUGGACAGUGUGCGGUUGAUCCUAGAUGUCCUCUUCCCAGAGGCUGUGGUCCAUGCGAUUGCGGGAGUUUUCAAGAUAUCUCUGGAAAAAGCGGAAGACAAGUAUCUAAAGGGACCUUCUCUGAGUGAAAGAGAAAGAGAAGCUUUUGACAGGGACAUAGAGGAGCAGAUGACAACACAGUCAGUCAGUCAGUGCCCUGCGUGAUGAGGAUUGAGAGGAAAAUACUGCUUUCGGUUUUUGCGGUUAUUCAGUGGGACCUCUCAGAAUAACUCUAAAUAGGAACCAUAAUGCCGCUUUCUUUUGGACUGCUCAACAAAACAUUUAUUCUGUGUAAUAAUUUUUGUUUUGAUACAGGAUUUGCUGUAAGAAUUUGUUUUUCUUCAAAAUAUGAAACAAGCUGAUGUAUUCUGAAUGUGUAAAAAGCUUUUGGUUUGUAAUAAUCAUGAACCACAAGUCACUGUUUUGUGAUGUGUGUGUGUGUGUAUAU